GACCAAUCGGAAGCGAGUAUUUUUCGCGCUGAUUGGAACUCGGGGAACGGAGUUUCCCCGCAAGCUUUAAAUUCAACGGAGUCGGCGUUUUUAACAUGAUUCAAACUGACUAGUUUCCAAUUUGAUAACUAUUCGAGAAAUUCAGCAGCUGAGUGAGGCUGGAGUUGGAUGGGCUGGACAGUAAGGGACGCUCUGGGAUGGACAGUACCAGUAAGGGGAGGUCUCUGCCCUCGAUGCCAGAGGUCCUGAACCCAGUAGGCAUGAAGCAGCCGUCUGAGCCCCUGGGGGGGGAGGAAUGGUCGGGGUGGGGGGGACCUGGGGGCGGACCCGGCCCUGCUGAUGGACAAGGCUGCUUCCCAGCUGGCCGUGACGCUCCAGGACAGUGUUCUAAACAACAUGGCUGCCCAUGGUCAUAACCAUAACAACCACAGGCUUGAGAGGCUAAAGGACCUGACGUCCCUCAUGCUGAACGGCGACCAGGACAAGCUGCCCAAGCUGUGCCCCCCCGAGCCCCCCACCCUGAAGGGUGCUGAGGCCCCCGCCUCCCACCCCAGCCCCCAGAGGAAGGCCACCUCCCCCCGAGAUUAAACUGAAGAUCACCAAGAUGGUGUCCGAGGGGAAGCCGCCGCGCUUCGAGCCGUGCUGUGGAGAGGGGCCCAACCUGCCCACGGAUACUGAGGGCCUCGUGGCUCUAGCCAGCAAGGAGGGGAGGAGAAAGAGAAGACCCAUUACAGUCAAACACAGCUCUACCUCUAACCCAGUUCCUGUGGAGGUGUCUGCUGCCAGUCAGCCAGAAGAGGGCACUGCUGCACCACAACAGAUCCAGCAGGCCAGUACUCUGGUGGAGGAGGAGAGCCUGGAGGAGGAGGAGGAGAGCCUGGAGGAGAAGUCUAUCCCUGUCCAUGCAGUGUUCUCAGUGGGUGAUGUGGUGUGGACCAAGGUGUCAGGUUAUCCCUGGUGGCCCUGCAUGGUGUCCACUGAUCCAGAACUCAACACACACCGCAAACACAAAGCAAUGAACAGCCGGACAGCUGGAAUCAUGUACCACGUCCAGUAUUUUGGAGACACCCUGGGGAGAGGCUACAUCUGUGAGAAGAACAUGGUGUCGUUCAGAGGGGAGGAGCAAUAUAUCGAGCUCUGCCAUGGCAACAAGCAACCUGCUUCCCGGGUCGUCCACAGGAAGAGUACCACUCCGUCCGUUCCUCGUAAGGUCCGUGCCCAGUGGGUGGUGGGCAUCACUCAGGCCAAGGAGGCUGCCUGCCUGACCCUGGAGGAACGCCUGGUCAAGUACACCUUUACCCACGAUAGUGGCGGACCACACCUCAACCCCCGCGUGCUGGCUAAGCUUUACCCUGCAGAGGCCGGCCCUUAUUCUGUUCCAGACCUGGAACAGGGACCAUCCAGGCUGAGCCCCCAGGCAGACAGCAGCACUUCCCUGGGGAAGAAGAGAGGAGGCCCCAGAAAAACAGAUGGGAAACGGAAGCAGACUACUUUUACACAGAAAAAGAAAGCUAACAUUGUGGUCUUCCCUAAAGGACCAACACAGAUGUCGUUUCAGGAUGGCCUCUCCACCACCUCAGAGACUGAACUACUUGAAUCUCAGAACCAGAAAAGGUCCAAACUGAAAACUGAGAGGAAGAGAUCCAAAGUGGUUAUUGUGACAACAGACGUUCCAGAAACCCCGUCACCUGCACCUACAGCUAUAGGUAGGAAGGAACGUCAGAAGCAGCAGCCCGGUAAACAAGCUCUAAAGGAAACUGAGGAGAAGCACCAACAGCCCAGUAAACGAGCUCUAAAGGAGACUGACGAGAAGGACCAACAGCCCAGUAAACGAGCCCUAAAGGAGACUGAGGAGAAUGACCAACAGCCCGGUAAACGAGCUCUAAAGGAGACUGACGAGAAGGACCAACAGCCCGGUAAACGAGCUCUAAAGGAGACUGAGGAGAAGGACCAACAGCCCGGUAAACGAGCUCUAAAGGAGACUGAGGAGAAGGACCAACAGCCCGGUAAACGAGCUCUAAAGGAGACUGACGAGAAGGACCAACAGCCCGGUAAACGAGCUCUAAAGGAGACUGAGGAGAAGGACCAACGGCCCGGUAAACGAGCCCUAAAGGAGACUGAGGAGAAGGACCAACGGCCCGGUAAACGAGCCCUAAAGGAGACUGAGGAGAAGGACCAACGGCCCGGUAAACGAGCCCUAAAGGAGACUGAGGAGAAGGACCAACGGCCCGGUAAACGAGCCCUAAAGGAGACUGAGGAGAAGGACCAACGGCCCGGUAAACGAGCCCUAAAGGAGACUGAGGAGAAGGACCAACGGCCCGGUAAACGAGCCCUAAAGGAGACUGAGGAGAAGCACCAACAGCCCAAAAAGAAACCUAGAGUAGGUGACAAACAGAAGGCUAUGGCAGCAGAGUCCUGCGCCCCCACGAAGAAGAGAAACAGAAGGAAAACGGAGAACGAAGUCAAAGGAUCCACUUGUUCUAAAUCACCAGAGAAAGAACCAGAGAAGAUUAAGCCAAUCAGGAAGAGGCAUGACUUGGCCAUCCAAUCAGCAGCUUCCCAGGCCAAGAAGAGGAAGCGAGCAGCAGCCAGUCCUGAGCCAGAGGGCUCUGCCAGUGAGGAGCGUCCAGAGUCCCCCAGUGACAGCAUAGACCAGACCAACGGGGCCAAGAAGGCCAACGGAGGAGGCCCCAAGAAGGAAUCUGUCUGUCAGGUGUGUGAGCAGGCUGGAGAGGACGUGGUGCCAUGUGAGGGUCCGUGCUGUGGGUCCUUUCACCUCUCCUGUCUAGGAUCCACCCUCAAACUACAGGACAGGCUGCUCUGUCCAGACUGCACCUCAGGGGUGCACCAGUGUUUCAGCUGUAAGCUGUCGGAGGGGCAGGUGCAUCGCUGUAACGUGCAGCAUUGUGGGAUGUUCUACCAUGAAGCCUGCGUCCGCAACAAUACCCUCACUGUGUUUGACAACAAGGGCUUCCACUGCCCGCUUCAUACCUGCAUCAGCUGCCACUCCAAACCCAAGGCUACCAGGGGUAAGCUGAUGCGGUGCCUGCGAUGCCCGGUGGCGUACCAUACAGGAGAGGUCUGUGUUGCGGCUGGCAGUGAGAUGUUGACCCCCACCACCAUUAUCUGCACCAACCACUUCUCACCCCAGAAGGGCUACAGCCACCACUCGCAUGUCAACGUCAGCUGGUGCUUCGUCUGCUCCAAAGGUGGCCAGCUCCUGUGCUGUGAGUCGUGUCCAGCAGCGUUCCAUCCAGACUGUCUGAACAUCGCCAUGCCGGACGGCAGCUGGUUCUGUAAUGACUGCCGGGCCGGAAAGAAACCCAAAUACAGAGACAUCAUCUGGGUCAAACUGGGCAUCUACAGAUGGUGGCCUGCAGAGAUCCAGCACCCCCGGAACGUCCCCACCAACAUCCAGAACCUUCGCCACAAAAUCGGAGAGUUCCCAGUCUUCUUCUUCGGUUCUAAGGACUACUUCUGGACGCACCAGGGUCGAGUUUUCCCCUACAUGGAGGGAGACAGGGGCAGCAGGGUCCAGAAGACUGGGAUAGGGAAGGUCUUCAAGAACGCGCUGUUGGAGGCAGAGGAGCGCUUCAAGGAGAUCAAGAUGGAACGGGAGGCCAAGGAGACGCAGGAGAACAACAGGAAACCACCUCCGUACAAAUACAUCAAGAUCAACAAGCCCUGUGGCCGGGUGCAAGUCUACACAGCCGACGUGUCAGAGAUCCCCAAGUGUAACUGUAAGCCCACGGAUGAGAAGCCGUGUGGGUUUGAGUCAGAAUGCCUGAACAGGAUGUUGAUGUACGAGUGCCACCCUCAGGUCUGUCCCAACGCAGAGCGAUGCUGCAACCAGGACUUCACCAAGAGACACUACCCAGAGACUAAGAUCGUCAAGACUGCUGGCAAGGGCUGGGGUCUGGUGGCGCUACAGGAUAUUAAGAAGGGUGAGUUUGUGAAUGAGUACAUCGGAGAGCUGAUCGAUGAAGAGGAAUGUCGCUCCAGGAUCAAGUACUACCAGGAGAAUGACAUCACUCACUUCUACAUGCUCACCAUCGACAAGGACCGGAUCAUAGACGCCGGCCCCAAAGGAAACUACUCCCGCUUCAUGAACCACAGCUGCCAGCCCAACUGUGACACGCAGAAAUGGACGGUGAACGGCGACACGAGAGUUGGGCUCUUCGCCGUCUGUGACAUCCCUGCUGGGACAGAGCUCACCUUCAACUACAACCUGGAUUGUCUUGGUAAUGAAAAGACGGCGUGUCGCUGUGGGGCUUCCAACUGUAGCGGUUUCCUUGGAGACCGGCCCAAGACGUCUGGUAUCCAGGCCGCGGAGCCCAAGGGGAAGAAAGCCAAGAAGAAAGUGAAGAAGCGUCGGGCGCGUAACGAGGGGAAGGAGUCUGAGGACGAGUGUUUCCGCUGUGGAGACGGAGGGCAGCUGGUUCUGUGUGACAGGAAGAGCUGCACCAAGGCCUUCCACCUUUCUUGCCUGGACCGCACCAAGAGACCCUUCGGUAAGACCUUAACCCCCUAACCCUUCCACCUCUCCUGCCUGGACCGCACCAAGAGACCCUUCGGGCGCUGGGACUGCCCGUGGCACCACUGUGACGUGUGUGGGAAACCAUCUGAGGCGUUCUGCCAGCUGUGUCCCAACUCAUUCUGCAAGAACCACCAGGAGGGGGCGCUGCGGCCCUGGCCCCCCAAGGGACAGCUCUGCUGCCAGGAGCAUGACCACCCCUUACCCAGAGUGGACUGAGGCCUAGGCUGACCCGGCCCCCGACACACCCCAUCGAACCCUCUAAAGGCUUCAGGAGACGCCUUGAGUUUCAGGUCUAACAGUCUGACCUGCAGCAGAACAGGACCCAACCCCAUAAUGUCUUCAAGAUGACAGAAAGCCCUUUGUGAAUGUAUGUUGUCUCUCUCUCUCAUCAGGGAUCUGCUGUACUAAUCUACACCUCCAACCAACCAGGUCCUUUUACACUCAGCCAGCCAAUCAGGUCCUUUUACACUCAGCCAGCCAAUCAGGUCCUUUUACACUCAGAUAGCCAGCUAAUCAGGUCCUUCCAUUCAGCUUCUACCUGUUAGUUGUCUGCACUGAGAGAACUGAACACACACCUGUCUGUGGUAGGUCAGCAGAGUACAGUACACCUCCCAGCUACAGUCAGCAGAGUACAGUACACCUCCCAGCUACAGUCAGCAGAGUACAGUACACCUCCCAGCUACAGACAACAGAGUACAGUACACCGCCCAGCUACAGACAGCAGAGUACAGUACACCUCCCAGCUACAGACAGCAGAGUACAGUACACCUCCCAGCUACAACAUUUGUCUCAUCUCUUGAAGCGCCUCUCCUCUCAUAGAUGACUUUAAACAGUAGAGGUUUCUAUUAUUUAUGUGUGUAUAUGAAAGAGCAACAUUCUAGUAAUACUGAAAUAGUUAGUUCCAGGUGGUUUUAUGUGAUAAGUAAUAUCUAAGGAUAGGCCUUGAAUUCGGUUUGUUUCCUGUAAUAGCCAUAGGAUUCAUUUCAUUCUAGACAAGUACAUAAUAUUGUUUUAAUUGUUUUCUUCAUUUGAGUGAUGCUAGUAUACCUGGUCAGAUAGUGUUAUUAAAGCACAGAGCUGAAA